AUGGAAAUAAAAGGCACCUUCAGUUCAUACUGGAUUAUUACUACCGGAGUGCUACUUUUCACAACAAUAAAUUUUUCGCGCCUUCUAGUGUUAUCAUUUAUAGAUAAUCCGCUUACAUUCUCCAUCGAUACUGCGUACUUACAUUGGGAUACAACCUUCCCGGCCGUCACCGUUUGUCAGGUGCUGAAUGAUGAAUCCAUCGCCGAUUUGCUGGACCAAGAACUCGGCCCGGAACGGGACUAUAAACUAGACAACGUCAUAAGCGACAUAGCUUUUUACGGUGGCACAUGCUUCGCAUGUGAAGAAUGUACGAAAGGACUCCUGCAGUGCCCGAAAAAUCUGUCGCUCAUCGUUGAGAAGUUUAGGCUGAACUGUACGGCUUUGAUAUUGGAUUGCUUCUGGCAAAACGAGCCAUUCGAUUGUUGUCAGCUUUUCCUCCCACUGGAAACCGAGUUUGGAGAGUGCUACAGUAUUAAUUCACUUAACAGUUUCCCCGAGAGACGGGUAAAAUUGGUUAACAACCGACAGACUGGACCUGGUAUACUGCGGUUUAAAAUUCAAGAUGAUUUGCAAAUUUAUUUGCAUGAUGAAUACGCCGUUCCAUUCGCCAACAUAGAACGCUCGCUGCGGGAACCGGUCCUUUGGGGAACUAGCAAGGAAAUUAUCAUCAGAGUAAUUGGAAUGGAAAACCACGCCAAUGUUGAAGAUAUUCCAAUCCACCGCCGAGGGUGUAGAUUUCCAUGGGAAAUCUCCGAUGAGUCUCUGCAACUGUACAACACUUACAGCUAUUCGUCCUGUUCCGUGGAAUGUUUUAUGGUUACGCAAAUUCACUAUUGCAACUGUACCCAUCAUUUGAUGCCAACGCUAAAGAAUGCUAAGCGCCUGGAAACAAUUUGCGAUUACGAGGGACUAGCAUGUUUGACGGAAAAAUCAGCCGAAAUAGCAAAACAGCGGAAGCAAUGUGCGUGUACUUCGUCCUGUGUCGAACCGGAGCUUAUCGUUAUACACAGUUCCGAAAGGUGGUGGUGGCAAGAUAAUCAUUGA